UGGUAGAAAGACCACGUCAACAGCUGAAAGAAAAUGGCUGCACUUUAAGCUGAAUUAUUGUUGCUUAAAUCUUUUUAAAGUAUUAUUAGGUAAAGGGACAAUAGAAGUACCAUCGACUUUUGGCGAAUAAAACAAUUAUUCGCUUUCGAAAGUUAGAGCAAAACUUGCUUGUUUACGGUUUCGUUAAUUGGUGAUGUUUCAGUAGUUUGAAGAAACGCUCUUGCUUUAUUACACUCACGCAUAGUGAUGUUUAAAUAAAAAGGGCAACAAAACGUUCAACUACAUCAUAUCAGACUUCGCUUAACGACAGAAGGCAUACAUCAAAGACAAACACUCAUGGAGUUAUUCCUUUUGUUCGCACUCUGGCUGUGCGUUCAAGGUGGGCCGCUCAAAGCAGACUUCAGUCCGGAGGCUUGGCUGCAACAAUAUGGGUACCUGCCUCCAGGUGAUCUCCGGAUGCAAGUAGCCCGUUCUCCUCAAUCCGUUAACUCUGCCAUUGCCGCGAUGCAGCGAUUCUAUGGUCUAACUAUCACAGGAAAUCUGGAUUCUAAAACCCUGGAGGCAAUGAAGAAGCCUCGCUGUGGUGUUCCAGAUAAGUUUGGUGCAGAGCUGAAAAGCAACUUAAGAAAGAAACGAUAUGCUAUCCAGGCAUUGAAGUGGGAGAAAAAGGAGGUCACUUUCUGUAUACAGAACUAUACCCCUAAGAUUGGGGAGUAUGAGACCUAUGAGGCAAUCCGUAAAGCAUUCAAAGUAUGGGAGAUGGUCAGCCCUUUGCGAUUUAAAGAGAUCCCUUAUAGUUACAUAAGGGACAAGGUCUCUGACUUUGCAGACAUCAUGAUCUUCUUUGCUGAAGGUUUCCAUGGUGAUGCCAGUCCAUUUGAUGGUGAAGGAGGGUUUCUGGCACAUGCCUACUUUCCUGGCAAUGGCAUGGGAGGAGAUACACAUUUUGAUUCUGCAGAACCAUGGACAAUUGGCAACCAAGAUUUGUGGGGUAAUGAUGUCUUCCUGGUGGCGGUGCAUGAGCUGGGUCAUGCCUUGGGUAUGGAGCACUCAAACGACCCUUCUGCCAUAAUGGCACCUUUCUACCAAUGGAUGGACACUGAUAAUUUUGAGCUUCCAGAAGAUGACAUCCGGGGCAUUCAGCAGCUUUAUGGACCCAAUCCUAAUGGCCGUCCCCAGCCUCCAUUUACAUCCGACAUCCCGUACAAAACCCCUCAUCCAACACACACUCCACGUAAGCCUAAAGUACCUCAAUUUGGCCCUGACAUCUGUGAAGGUCAUUUUGACACUAUUGCUGUUUUCAGAGGAGAAAUGUUUAUCUUUAAGGAUAAGUGGUUCUGGCGUGUUCGUGAUCAUCGGGUUAUGGAAAAUUAUCCAAUGCCAAUUGGACAUGUUUGGAGAGGUCUUCCCACAACAAUUAAUGCUGCAUAUGAACGAGAUGAUGGAAAAUUUGUAUUUUUUAAAGGUGCACAGCAUUGGGUAUUCAGUGAGUCAGUUUUGGAGUCAGGCUACCCACAGACACUAAAAGAGAUGGGCACUGGCCUCCCUAAGGACAGAAUAGAUGCUGCCCUUCUUUUUACACCUACGGGCAACACCUACUUAUUCAGAGGAAACAAAUAUUAUCGCUUCAAUGAAGAUAUGCGAGCUGUCGACCCAGAUUACCCUAAACCAAUUAGCAAAUGGCAGGGUGUCCCUGAUAACAUCAAAGCAGCUAUUAUGAGCCAAGACCAAAGCUACACAUACUUUUUGAAAUCCAAUAAGUACUGGAAGUUCAACAAUCAGCUGUUAAGAGUUGAGCCUGGUUACCCCAAGUCUGUCUUAACUGACUGGUUAGGCUGUCCAGAAGAAGACCCAAAGACAGGUGAAGGUGGAGCAGGUGGUGGUAGUGACCAUGGAAGAGAAAAUAAAGAAGAGAAUAAAGUGGAGCAGACAGAGGUGAUUGUCAUUGAAGUGAACGAUACUUCAGUUGGUGGAAGUGGUGCAGCAGCAGUGGUGCCGCUGAUACUACUUGCUUGUGUGAUUUGCCUUCUGGGGACUUUGCUCCUUUUCCGCAAAUAUGGCACUCCACGUCGUCUAUUGUACUGCCAACGAUCCCUACUGGACAAGGUUUAGAGCAUAAAAAAGAUUUUUAAACAGGACAGAAUAAGGGAGGAGAGAAGGAAUCAAGUGCAAAAGUGCUAUGCAGUCAUUUUCAUGUACUUCAGGGUGGUAGCCCUGUCACUAAACUUUUGGACUAAACUAAACUUUUAAACAUUUGGACGUCUUUACCUCAAAAUGCAAGAACCAAUUCACCUAAAAAUGCAGGAACCAAUAAUAAGCAUUUUAUUUUUAAAAUUGUAAUGGUUAGUAUUUAAACAAUUAGUUACACUAUAUGGGCAAAAGUAUUUACCCACCUAACUAUAACAUCUUUAUUCCAAAAAAUCAUGAGUAUUAAUUUUAAGCCCCAUUUCCCUGUAGCUAUAACAGUUUUUACAUGUCUGUAAAAAAUAGUGCCCAUUUUGUACACAAAAAAAGGUCAGACAUUGAUGUUGGAACGUAUAGCUUGCAAUGUUCCAGUUUGUCUUAUUUAUUUGUGCACAGGGACACAUUUGCCACAACGUUGGAAACAUAGUAUAAGGGAUCUUCAAAAAGUUUCCACACUUUUAUAUUUUCGUUGAAAACGGUGAGGGUGGGAGGAGUAGUAAUUGGUCGUGUCCAAGAGAGGGCUUAAACUCCGGAUUUAGCGCCAUCAGAUUUCCACCUUUUUGGAACGCUCAAAGAAGCUUUAAGGGGCAGAAGAUUUUCAUGUGAUGAUAAUGUAAAAGCAGUGGUGCAUCAACCAAAAACUUUUUUGCUGAUGCCAUUAAAAAGUUGGUACGAUGGCACUCAGGUGGCGCAGUGGUAAAAACACGCUAGCACACCAGAGCUGACAUUUCAAACUCGUCGGUUCGAAACUCGUCGGUGCCUACAUAUAAAACAAAUGGCUAUUGUUCAUACAGGGUGGGAGCCAGAUAGGGAGUUCUCAUAACUGAGGCAAUUACGACCACUGGUGGCUGAUUGAUGGCACCUUAUCGAGGGAUAAUGCAUUGAACAGGGUGUGGCUCUCUGUACACAAAGCUGAUCUGCAUAUGAACUCGCCUUGUGCGGGUAAAAAGAUGCAGUCGGCUACUGCACAUGCGUCUGAGGGGGCCUGUGUCAGUUUUGCUCUCCUCAAUCAGGGCGGGGAUCAGCAUCAGGGAGGAAGCAUAAUGCAAUUGGAUAAUUGGAUAUGCUAAAAGUCAGAAGAAAAAGGGGAGAAAAUGCAUAUGCAAAAAUAUAUAUAUGUUUAAAAAAGAAGUUGGUACGGCGCUGGUAAAAAUGCAUCGGAAGGUGACUGUUGAAAAGUGAUGUAAUUUGUGUUUGAAAUUCUUAAUAAUUAGAGUUUAAAAAAGUGAAGAACUUUUUGAAGAACCCUCGUAAUUUAUUUAUUUGCUAUACUUACCCUCUAUAAAAAAACGGUUCAUUCCCAUUUUUAGCUCAUCCCUGCAAAACAGCCCCAGACCAUUAUUAUUUAUUGACUUUACUCUUGGCUUCCACAAAAUUUUAAUUCUUUCAUAAAACUUCUGGCACAAAGUUAUUGUGCUGCUGUUUUCAUUGGCAGUUUGAAACUGAAUAAUGCAACACAAUGUUGAUUUUUUUUUUUUUUUGCACUAUGCACUUUUUGCUAAGGCCUUUUAGCAAUAGGUGUGGCCAAAACAUCUUAAUUUCAUAAUCUGAGUCAUUGUACACAAACUUUUGGCCAUUUAAUUUUUAAUAAUUUCCAUGCCGUGUCGGGAGCUCCGGUUACCUUCUACAGUCCAAAGACAUGCAAGUGAGGUGAAUUGGAGAGUGGAGAGUGAAUUGGAGUGUGUAAAACAUGACGUCAAAAAUCCUAAUAAUAAUAAUAAUGACAUGUAAUGACACUAGCUUACAGGCAUUACACUACUACACUAAAAUAAUGAAUGUUGAUAUUUAUUUAAAACCAAUUAAAAAUGUUAUACUGUUGUCACUUUGUUGUCAUUUAGAUUGGCAGUUUACAAUAAGAUUGCUUGUCUUUUCCAUUUCUCUCCUCACCUUAUCCAAGUUUUAAACCACUGCAUUUUGACACAUCUUUAUUACAACAUAUUAGUCAUAUUAUUCUUUUUUUUUUUUUUAAUCAAUGUAGUCUUGGUUAUUGCAGUGCGAUAUGACAAAACGCAUUGUAAGUUUUGUAUGUUAUAACUAUAAUAGUGUUACAUUUUGUUUAUAAAGUAGUUAAGGUGGUUAUGAAUUUAAUAAGUUUUUGUCUUGUUAAGUAAAAAGGGAUUUCAUUUUAUUUUAAGCCUUGUUAACAUGUGAUAUUAACAUUAAUUUCUUUUGGUGCCAAUAGUUCUAAUUGUUAUAUACCAGGGGUGCCCAAUACGUCAAUCGUGAUCGACCAGUCAUUCGUGCAGUGCACGCUAGAUCAUGCCUCAUUCAAACAGGUCAACGUGAUUCACAUGAAAUGUGGCCAUUGUUUCUUUAAUUUGUGAUUUGUUACCAUAGCUACGCCUCAGCCCACCUAAAGCACCUCUAAUCUAGAAAGUUUUCAUUCAUCAGUAGUCAGUUUGUGCCAUUUUUGCAUUUUUCCUUUUGUAACCUACACUGCACCUACGCGCAACCAAGCACAAAGAAACCAAUAAACUGUUCGGGCAUAGACAGCUGUUUCAUUCAUAGGUUGAAGAAGCUGAGGGACAAAUUUUAACCCUACAAUCUAACAUUCACAUGGAGUCAAGGGCCUCUGCUGGACAAUUUUGGAACUUGCUGGAUGAGAUAAAAAUAUCCAAACAUAUUUUGACAGCAUUUUUUGGAUCAACCUACUUGUGUGAAACAUCCUUUGUCCAGACUAAGGUUUCAGUGCAAAUCAUCAGAAUAAGGUUAGUGUGAUUUUUCAGUCACUUGCCGUGUUAAGCUGAAUAUCAAUAUAGGCAACUGAAGUGCAUUUAAAAAAAAAAAAACUACAAAGCUUUUUUUGAAAAAUGAUGAGGCCAACCUUUUUAAAAAAAAAAGUAGAUCAUGAUGACCUGUCGACUAAAAUAGUAGAUCUCAAGCCACGAAAGUAUGGGCACCCCUUUAUAUACAUUUCUGAUUUCCUCUGGUAUUGCAUAUUUGUUUCAAUGAAUGUUUUAAAUUAUUACACUAAACGAAGAGAAAGUAACAAAACCCAACACAUUUUGUAAAAUAUAAUUAAUUUUAUAUGGAACAAAGUUAUUUAACACCCAUAACACCACAAUUUAGCUCAUUAAACAGAAUCAAGGUUUCCAGGAACACUUUGCCGUAGUCUAAAGAAAUUCAAAAUUAAAAUGGUGAACAAUGAAACAGUUCUGAAUCAGUUGUUGAUUGGAUGUUGAUUUUUUUUUAAACGUGUAUGUAGAAUUAUGUUUUGUUUAAUUAACUUAAACUAUUUAGUGUGACAAAUAUGCCAUAACAAAGACACAAAUGUAUUUUAAUUUACUGGUGUCAUUUUGUUUUGUACAUGCUGUUUAAUGAUUGACUAGUUUUACUUUUUAGUUAAACUUUUACAUUAUCUAAAAAAUAAAUAACAAUUUAACAAGUAAUCCAUAAGUCAGACUAAAUAAAAUUACUUUGCAAGUACA